AUGGACCCCGUCACUCUCAUAACUUCUCUCCUACCCGCCGAGGUUAUACCAGCAGCUCAUCCCGCGUUGUUGGCAGCGCCUGCCGACAAUAACGAUGCCGACGACGAAGCCAUGUCUGCAGCCGUACUCGCCUCGAUGACCCUUCUCCAGUCCGACAUCAGAUCUAUCUUCUCCGACCGCUGGAAGACCCGAGCCGAGAUCACCAUCGAGAUACAAGAGCGUCUUAUGAUAUACGGCGUCCCCCCGUCCGUCUCGAUCAACUGGGUCAACACCCCCGCCAUCCAAGCCGUCUUCGAAGACCGCGAGCUUUCGAACAGAGAGCUGUACACCCUCCAAAUGCGUAUCCUCGCGAGAGAUGCUGAGACCGCCGCUCUACGCGAGGAGAAAAGGCAGCUGAAGCUGGAGAGAGAGGCUAUACUCGAAGUCAAGCGCCGGAUGGAACGAGAGCAUAGGGCUAUGCACUCUGAGUUCCUCGAGCAGUACAAGGUCAUUCGCGAGGAUGGGACGUUCGAACAGCUCAGCGCAGAUGAGAGGGCUAAGCUUGAGGCGCUUGCCGCUGGGUCCCGGGAGGCUUUGGGCCACAAGGCUUGA